CAGAAAGUCCUCUGUACAAGGAAGCAACAAAGCCCCAAUGCAAGACUCACAUAAGCACACUCCUCCUGGUUUUGGCCAAUCAGGAAUCUAAAUAAGAAUCAUCGCUGUUGAUCCGAACCAGGGCAUUGGACCACUAACUGAAUCUCACUCUGAGAGUGAAAGGAGCAACACUCAAUACACCUAAGAAACCUGUUACACCAGAAACACUCCAGUUGUAUUAGCAAGUGUUGGCUAUGUCAUCGCCUUCCAUCCCUCUUCCCCCACUGCCCCCCAGCCCCCUAGCCAUGGAGUACCUAAAUGACUUCGACCUGCUCAAGUUUGAGGCAAAGGCUGACUCUCCUCCCCCUCCUCCACCAUGCUCAUAUCCAAAAGCAGUCCAGCAGCAGCAGGACUCCUUGUCAUCCCCCUAUGUGGUUCGACCUCCUCCGGAUUCUAGCCUCAGCUCCAGCCCCUAUACCUCUCUACCUCCCUCGCCAACCCUCAGUGAUGCUCAUCCGCUUCCAUCUGCCUCUUCUUCCUCCUCCUCUUCCAUAUCCAUCCCUCUCUCUAUCUCUGCCAGCUACGUCUCUGCAUUAAGUUCCACCUCGCAAGGGAAUCUGGACUGCAGCCCUGCACCUGGUGUCCCAGGCCAGUGUCCAAACCCCACGUCUUUGGAAGAUCUGUUCUGGUUGGCAGCAAUCCAGCAGCAGUUUGGAGGGGAUGCUUCUCUCCUAGAAGCCUUAGGAGGAACACCAGAGAGAGGUGACAGAGAUAGGGGGGUCGUUGGGGGAUUUCUGGGGUGUGAAGAUGCAGUGGAGGUGCUACUCAACUCAGCUGCCGCUGCUGUGAGCUCACAGUUCCCGGUCCUGUCUCAGAGCUCUGGAAACAGUAAUCUUGGAGACUCAAGCAGUGAGAGUGGAGGUGAUGUAAAGGCAUCGGAGCUGUGUCACCGUCCUCUCCUCUUUGUUUCGUCUGGCCCUCCAUCUCUCCACAAUGGCAAUCCGGCACAAGGCACGUACCACCAGCCCUCAAGCCCUUCAUCCCGCCUUCAUCACCCGCAGCAUCAUCAUCAUCAUCAUCACCAUCACCCCCAUCAUCUCAUUAACAGUCAUCACACUCACCAUCAUCAUCAGCUCCAAGCUAGUCAGUCUGGGUUGGAUGAGCGGUUUUCAGACGAGCAGCUCGUGAGUCUGUCUGUGCGCGAGCUGAACAGGCACCUGCGUGGUGUGAGUAAAGACGAGGUGGUGCGUCUGAAGCAAAAACGUCGCACGCUGAAGAACCGAGGCUAUGCUCAGUCCUGCCGUUACAAACGACUGCAGCACCGGCAUGCGCUUGAGUCUGAGAAGCACAUCCUCACACAGCAGCUGGAGCAGUUGCAGUGUGAGCUGUCCCGUGUGUUGAGAGAGCGAGACGCCUACAAGGCUCGUUACGAGAAGCUUGUUAACUCCGGCGAGGCCCCGCCCACUCAGACCAACAACCCACCUUCUCCUCCCACAGACUAUUUCCUCUGAAAGGAAAGCAGGACACCAAACUGACAAACUGAAAGAAGAGAAACGGGCUACUGCACCAGGCCACCCGAGCUAUCAGAAAACGUUGCAAGAGGCGAGGGGAGACUAGCGAAAAUGCUCGACUGUGAACUAAGCUAUUUAACCAAAGCCAGUCGAAUUUGAGUGUUAAAGUCGGGGUUUCGCCAAAGCCCCAGAUAGUCACUUCGUAAGGACUUCACUUGCUGCUGCUGGACAACGGUUUUGGUUUGAUCGCUGUGAGGUUCACAGGAGCAGAAAAGGCUUUGCCUGGCUUUUUUUCGAUUGCUUUCUCAAAUUUUUCAUGCUGAAGCAUAAAGCUAGGGGAAAGCCAAUAACCAGAGAUCUGUAUGGUAAUUAUAGACAUCAGACAUUCUCCUCAGAUACAGAGCUGAGUGUCUGAAUUAAUGAGUUUUCUUGUGUGCCAGAGCUCUGAACUGACUGAAGAAGGUCAAAAUUUUUCAAAAUUAAUAUUGUAACUUAGAUUUUAAAGGAUAAAAUGCUGCUAUAUAACCAACACUGUGUCUGAAAUCAGUCCCUCACUCGAUUUACUGGGUGGACCGUUUUGUAUAGAGCACUACAUGGGGCAACAGUAAAGACUGUUAAGAAAUUACCUAGCAAACUGAAACAACAAAAAAUAAAAAUAAGUAUUAAAAGCGAUUUUCUGUAUUAAAUACAUAAUUAAUGUUAAUACCUGUUGGGUUAACCUUUUUUUUUUGUCACCACACCAGUAUUCAUUCACAUGACAUGAGAAAUUUGAGCUAAAACCUCUUGCAUUGUGGUUCUUAGUGCGGAAAUAGUGCGCUUCAGGUGUACACUGGAUUUACAGUGCAUUAUGGGUGCUAAUACAGCUAACUAUCCAGCAAAUAUCAUUUAUCCAGUGAGAAUUUGGAUAACGCUAGAAUACGGCUGCCUCCAAAAAAGUGCACUAUACUAUAUAUGGCGAAGAGGGAAAACUAUGGACACACAUUUCAUCUCUUUAAGUUUUCUGAAUAAAUGAUGGAUUGGAUGGGAUUGUGACAAAUUAAAGGAAAAGACAGUGGCUCUGUUACGCUGUAGGAGAUUUUUUUUUCUUUGCAUGCUUUGUUUCCAGUUGCGCACUUAUAGAGAUGGGUCACUGCAAAUCACUACAAAGUUCUUCUGACGAAUCACGUUUAUCCUGCGAUGAAGCAUUUCUAUCUUGAUGGGGAAUGGACGAUUCCAGAAUGACUCCGCCCCCAUUCACAAGGCAUGAGGGCUCACAGAUUGGUUUAAUGAGGAUGAAAAGGAUUCAUUUUAUAUGCCGUGGCCUUAAUAGUCACCAAAUCUGAACCCAAUCACCCCUACAGUAUCCCUCGCUAAAUAGAAGAAAGAAAGAUCUAAUGAUGUUUCUGAAUUUCUGAGUGGAAAUUCACUGCCUCUAGGUUCGGCAUGUUGUGCAUUCUGAGAUGCUUUUCUACUCACCACGGAUGUAAAGAGUGGUUAUUUGAGUUACUGUAGACUUUCUGUCAGCUCAAAUCCGUCUGGACAUUCUCCUUGGACCUCUCUCAUUAGUAAGGCAUUUCCACCCACAGAACUUACACUAACUGGAUGUUUUGUUUUCUCUACAGACUGUUGUGCGGUCAGUAGUUUCCGAAAUACUUAAACCAGUCCUUUGGCGUCAACAACCAUGCCACAGUCAGUCACUGAGAUCACAUUUUUUUGCUCAUUGCUUGCGCUGCUGCUACACAAUUAGCUGAUUGGAUAUUUAUAUUAUACUUUAAUUAUAUAUCUCGCUUACAGUUUUCACAUUUGCACAAUUUCCCGAAAUUUACGCCAAAAAUAGUCAGUCAGGUUGGUGUCGUUCGGUGGUUUGCUUCUUCAGUUUCUCCACCAGAGCUGGAGCAACCAAUCCUUGGAUAAUCAACUACAUAUGGGGCUAUUAAUUUCUUUUUAUUUCUUUUUUUUUUACAGAAGUAUUACAUGCAGUGUUACUUUCUGAUUGACAACAAAGGCUCAUUUAUACAGAAAAAAAAGGGCGAAAACAUCUGAUAUGUUCAAUAACACUAUAUUUGUCAGUAAAUAUUCAGGUAAAAUGUGUUGCCAUGUUGCAGAAAUAGACAAUGCAAUCAAGAGGGAACUUCGAACUGCUUUUAUUGUGUGACUUUGUCUGUGAUUAGUAAGUGGAUCAAGAGGUUUUGAGUGAUUGUCAGUGAAUAAAAAAAAAAAAAAUACUGUGUUUGUUAAAGAGUGUAACAAUCCUGAACUGAUUUCAAAGAAACUAAAACCUCAGAAUACACAGAGCUGGACGCUGUGGGUUGUUGAUUUAUUUAUUUUUUUUUUUUUAAUGACUAAGUGAUAUGCACAGACAUAUAAUAAGACUUGGUACAUUGGUAUAUCAUUGGUAUAUUACCAUAACAAAUCAUCUGAGGAACUUAAUUUAGACUUUUCUUUUCUUAUUUAAGUAAAUAAUAUUGAUUCCCCUAAUUUAUUCAUUUACAGUCUUUAUUUAUUUAAAUUUUUUUUUGAUUAUUUAUGUGAUCAUUAUUUUCAUUUGCUGGUUUCUCAUUUUAUCGAGUGUGUGUUUUAUUUACUUUAUAGGUUAAGUACUACGAUGUUGGUUUAUGCUGUAGUGAUGAUAUAUUUGACCAUUGCUAUAUUAUGAGUACUCUUAUACUGGCAAUAAAUGAUGAGUGCAGAA